ACUAGAACCCAAAAGAUCCAACGUAAAACAUUCAGAAACCCUUUUUGUGGAAUAGAUAUUCGCAGUUUUACUCGUAAUUUGUGAACAUAUUGACGAUAAGAAAGUGCCCAUCAACAUCCACAGCCCAAAGAUGCUGACCAAAUACUGUCGUAUUUGCUUAACCAGCAUCGGUGUUGUUCAUCAACUGGACGAAGUAGUGCAUCAUUCUUUGACUCUCUAUGCAAUACUUUGCAAAAUGUAUCCCGAAGCAUUUACUGAUAAUAACGACGCGCAAUGGCCAACGAGAGUUUGCGGAAUAUGUAAGCAAGCAGUGUUAGAUGCGUACGGGCUGUACAUAGUUUGUAAGGCAACCUUCAAAGUAUUGAAGGUACAACUGCAGGAUAGUUCGAUUAAAUCGAAUCCGCUAAGACCCGAAUUCAUUUUUCCUGAUCAAAACUUAACUGCAAUGCAUAAUAGUGAGAAAGAUUUCAAAGAGGCUUUUGUAAUCGUAGGCAACGAAGAAGAUAAUUUGAACUUUCCUUUGAGUAGGGAGGAAAGAAGCACAAGAUCGAGGAUAGAUAAAAUCAUCGAGGAAAAACAUGUUAACACUCACGAAAGCGAGUGUUUGUUUGACGAACUGCAAGAGAGAAACAACGCUGUAGAAUCAGUAUCAGAACUUCAGAAUGUAGAAACAAUCAAAAUGAACAGUGAAGAUACAACCUCCCAUGGCAACAAAAUUGUCGAACUAUCGAUAGAAAUGGACUAUGUAACUCCAAACAAUACCAUUUCUAUCGAAGAAGAAUAUUUGGAAGAUUUUGAAGAAAGUAUAGAACAUGUGGAGGAUGUAAAGGACAUUUUAUAUACCACUGCAAUCCAAGAAACUGAGCAUAACCACGUGGAAAAUGCAAUAGUUGAGAGUUUGGAAACAUUGCCAAAAGAGUCAGACACCAUCAGGAAUGUUGUGUGUUUGAAAGAAGAGUUCGAAGAAUCAGAGGACGAAGAAGCUUUUGCUGAUUUUUAUCCGACAGAGGUAUUCAGUUGUAAAUCAUGUCGAGACGUGUUUCUAGAGAAAGAAUCGUACGAGGAGCACAUUAAAAACCAUUCAAAGGGACAUCAUUCAUUUUGCAAAAUAUGCAGCGAGGGCUUCAAAAGUGAAGCUACUCUGAACGAGCAUAAAUGUAAGCAUGAAUCGUCGACCCUAUGCUGGAUAUGCGGCAAAAUAAUGAACACCGCCAGUAAGCUCAGGACGCACAUACAAUCCCACAUCCCAGAUUGCACAUGGGACUGUCAGUUAUGUCCUUUGCGAUUCCCAACAAAAGGUGCUUUGAAAUGCCACGUAAUAACGCACAAAAAAGAUAAAUUGUAUUGUUGCGAUGUAUGUGGGGCCAACCUAUCAACAAAACGUAAUUUGGCAGAACAUCAAUGGGCGCAACACAGAGCUAAAAAAGAAGAUAGAUACACGAUUUCAUGUGGGAUUUGCAGCCAACGAUUUGCCUCAACUUAUGUACUUAAAAGGCACAUGAACACCCAUACGGGCCUGAGACCAUACAAAUGCGUUUAUUGCAACCGAGUUUAUGGAAAUGGAGCUGAUUUGAUAGAACACGUCGCCAAACACCACGUUGGAAACGACAACAUCUAUAUGUGCCAUCUGUGUGAUGCAGAUUUCCCAAAGAUAAGGGAGCUUAAAGCACAUUACGAGGUACAUUUCAGAAAAGGCGAGAAGUUCUACAACGAAAUCCUCACAGAGUUUGGAAAGUUUCGUUUUACCACUAUGGAUUUAUUGAAAAUGCGACACCAAAAGGAAAUGGUAGCAUUAAGUAACAUAGUUUCACCCAAUGUAAUUUAACCAGCAAACAAUAACGAACUUAUUAUUGUCCUUUUGAAAAGUUAUUCGCUAUACCUCAUUUGUUUAUUACUAUUACACAGAAUUACAUUAAGCUUUUCGCAUGGAAAGAUAGGGAAUAGUAGGCCUAAAUUGGGAUCACGCGAAAGUAUCGACAUUAAUUUCAACUACAUACUGAGCUUUCGAAGUGCAGGAUGCCUUCCGGUGCUCACUAUGGGUCCUAAUUUGCUCUAAAUAUGUAAUAAUAAUA